AAAAAAUAAAAUAAAAAAACUUUGUCUGGUCGAUCGCAGGCCAGUUUCAACCUUCCACACACCCUUAAGGAUUACACGGGAGGAUGCAUUCUUGCUUUUUCCUACGGUCCCAGACUGCCAAUGAAUUAUUGGCGAUCGGAUGAAAAAAAGAGGAGAUCAGGGUGGAUUCCUAUUGACGGAUGGAAUCCAUUCCGGCUGUUCGCUCAGCCGAGGUCAGAUCUGAGUGCAUCGAGGCUAGAACUAAGGCCAGCGGUGACUCCUUUCUUUUUUUCUCUGAUCGUGCUUGGGAGGAAGAUGAUGCUGCCUAUGACGAUUCUCAUGAUUAUUGAAUCCUCCCUCCCGAUUCAUGUAACUGCGUCGACCGUGUUCAUUCCUGUCAGCGACCCCGUAACUGGAACUAACGGACCUUAGUGGCAUCUGCGGAACGUCUCCAUUCCAGCCCGUCGUUAAUCGAAAUUUCAUUAAUUCGGUGACCGGCAGGCUAGACCAUC